GGUCGGGCCGCGCUGCUGGGCGGGAGGCAGGGCGCUGGGUCAGCCCGCUCCCUCCGCCUGGGCUUCCAGCCCUCCGCCGGAGCCGGUGAUGCCGGUCCCGGAUCAGCGCUGCCCCCGCUGUUCCUCUCCCUCCCGGCGGCGGGCGAGCGCGGCGGCGGGGGGCUGAGGGCCCAGCGCGGGGCCGGGCCGGCCGCCGCGCCGCCAUGGUUCCCUGGGGAGCGGUGCUGUGGCGGCGGCUGCUGAGGAAGCGCUGGGUCCUCGGCGUCGUCUUCGGGCUCUCCCUCGUCUACUUCCUCUCCAGCACCUUCAAGCAGGAAGAGAGGACAGUGAGAGAUCGGAAUCUCCUCCAAGUGCAAGAGCACGAGCAGCCGAUCAUGUGGAAGGUGAAGUUCAGUUCGGGAAACAGCAGUCAGCUGAGUAACCAGUGCAGGAAUUCUGUGCAGGGGAAGCUCCUCAUUACAGAUGAACUGGGCUACAUCUGUGAGAGGAAGGACCUACUGAUAAAUGGCUGUUGUAACGUCAAUGUGCCCAGUACAAAGCUGUACAGCUGUGACAGCUGCCUUCCCAAUGGCUGCUGCAGUGUGUAUGAGUACUGUGUUUCCUGCUGCCUGCAGCCCAGCAAGCAACAUCUUCUGGAACGUUUCUUGAACCGAGCGGCUAUUGCUUUCCAAAACCUCUUCAUGGCAGUGGAAGAUCACUUUGAGCUGUGUCUGGCAAAAUGUAGGACUUCAUCACAGAGUGUACAGCAUGAAAACACCUAUAGAGAUCCAAUUGCAAAAUACUGCUACGGUGAAUAUCCCCCAGAGCUUCUGCCUGUUUGAAAGCUGCAUGAUCUAAGCAACAAAGGGAAGGAACUGGAGACUAGAAUCCAAAAGAGGAAGUCGACAGCUGUUGCUUUACAAGACCCUCAGGCUUAUGUUGUUUCUGGUGACAAACCCUGAGGUGUACAGUGUGAGUGAGGGACUUCAGUUAUCCAGGAUUGAGUCUUGCUUUCUUCAGUUUGUUCUGCACUUGCUUGACAGUACUAGUACUGUGCUAGAGUACUUGUACAUUCUUUGAAUACUUCCUCUAAAUUUUAGCAUGCAUGGAGUCGAUCUAGUCUGUAAAACAUCAUAGGAAAAAUACCUGCUGUAGCUUUGCAGCUGAAUGUGGAGGUUAAAUAGUGCCUCUGCAGUCCAGAGACAUUCCAGAGUGACAGUAAUAACUGGAGGAUUCUUGCUUUUAGAGAGUAAAGCAUGCCUGUUGUGCUUCUCUCUCUGGAGCAUUUCUUGACAUGCAUGGUGUAGACUACAUAUGUAAUUAUGAAUUAUUUAUUAAUUUUAUAUGGAUUUCUAGCUGAAAGUACUGAUGCUUUGCAUAGCUAGUUGUUGAUGCCUUUCCGUCCCUGUUUUGUUAUGUCAAGUAGAAAGGAUAUUUUAGAUCCUGACUAAAAUUGGUUGCUUUUUUUCCCUCCUUAGUCUACAAGAAUUGUGUUGGGAUUUGUUGCUAUAAUGCUUACGUUCCUCUUAGUGAGUUUAAAGCAUUCAGAACUCCAAUGGAGUUGUUAUUCUGUCAAAAUCCCAUAGCAUGAGAAGAGCAGAGAUCUGCCUAGGAUGGGAUAUUUACUGUCUGUAAACAGUUUCCUUGUUAACUCUGCAACACUUUCCUCGAAGAGGAGUCUUAGUCUUGUAAACAGCUCUCUGUUAGUCCAUUUUGUAACAGGGAACACUGAAGAUUUGUUUGCUUGAAUGCAUUCAGGCCUUGGUAAUUCCAAUAUACUUCAGUCCUGAUUGUGCAGGAGGCAAAUGGGUGGAGUUGUUCUAGGAUUUCAGUUUAAUGAUGUCCGUGUGCAUUAAGUAAUUGCAAUAUCAGAACAUGGCACACGCCUUCCUCUGGGGACAACUGUUGCAUGAGUGCAGUUAAACACUGAUGGUGUUUUUGAUUUGCUGUUUGACAUACUUCCUACUCUGGAAUUUCAGUCUGAUUAUAAUUGUAGAACAGGGUUUGUCCUCCCACAAUUUAUCCUGGCUCGCUGAAGUUGCAGUUUAAACCAUCUCUAUCUUAAGGCCACACAACACAGAAAAGAUGGGUAGAGAACCUGUAAAAUGCUGACUGAAUUUGUGCUACUCCUGCAAGUCACUGGGCAAAAUCUAAGUGCUAGACAAAAAUUAGGCUGUUCUUUUUGAUAUGCAGAGCCUCAUUUAUCUUAUUUUUACCCCAUUCAUCUCCUCCAUGAUUUUGACUUUGUGUAUGCUUGUUUAAACUGAUACAUGACCAAAUUAGAACAAUCUACAGAGGCUUCAAAAAACCCAACAAGCAUAGUGGUGGAGUAUCCUGGCAUCUGUAGAAUGCUAUUGCAUUUACAGAUGAUAUAAACAAGAAGUAGUGUUACCCACCAUCUGAUAAAAUCCACUUGCAUUAUUUUCAUUGUUCUUUCCCAGAAGUCAUCAAGAGAGGUAAUGGUUCUGUCAGCAGAUUCUCCUGAAAAUCUCGUUUUUCCAGAAGCUUAAAAGCUUCAGCAUUAGCAGUUUAUCCAGCUGAAAAGUUGUCUCCCCUCUGCUGCCAUCCUAUGGCAACUUGCUGACAGGACACAGUGUGAAGAUGCAGUGUGAAAUGCUGUCUUCAGAGGGUAGCAGAGGUUACUUCUCUUGUCAGUGUUAAACAGUCUUCACCCCUGUUCCAGCACUUCAUAACUGUUUUCCUCAGGGAAGGCCAUCGGGUUGGUCUGUUUUAUCAGUCCUGCUGAGAUGUAUUCCAGCAUGUCAUAUUUUUUCACCAUGACUGAUGAGAUCAAGAUACGGAUAGCUUGCUCUUGUUUUCUUUUCCAACUUGGUGUUAAUUUGUUAGCAGGUGAUACCACCAAUUGAAGCAGGAAUUGUAAGAAAUUAUAAAAACCAGGCUAACUUGGACUUAAGUGGGAAUUCCUGACCCCUUUUGUCUCCUAGAAAAACAGGAUGUGUGCUGUGACCAUCGUCUAUUCAAUGUAACAGAAACUUCAUCCUCCCUCCCUGGUGUUGAGCUCUUCAACUAGUGUCUAGGUUACAUGUUAAAUCAUUAAAAACAUACCUAUGUUCCAAAUUA